UAAUAACCAGGGAGAACGUGGCCCAUGGGGCUACGUUGAAACCCUGAAUCACAUCAGCCACCUCCUCCAUGAGUGAUGGGCUGGUGCCUCUGCUGCUGCUUCAGCAGCAAUGAUUAUUUUUCAUCUGUCUCCUCCCUAAAAGUGCUGGGAACAAAACAGAUUCUUUAGCCCUCAAUACAGCACUUGUCUCCUUCAAUUUCCCUUUGAGGUGGAAUCAGACAUAAUUAUUUUGGAGGGGAGCAUAACUGAAUUACCCAUCAAAAGUGAGGCUGUAAACCUGGGCCCCAGAUCUUUUGAGUACCUAGCAACGCCCCUGUUAGUAACAUAAACAACACUGUAGUGUACAUAAUGACCUCUUCCACUGAUAAUGUUUGCAUUGACCUAACACUGAACGUUAGAUUGGUGCUCAGUAUGUGUUGAACUAAUUUUAUCAAUUUAUUUCUGUUCCUCAAUACCCAAAAACACUUUUCUGUCUGUUUAAUACUCACUUAGAUUGGGCAUUAUGAUCCAUAUGGAUAAAAGUUAAAUUUAAGUUAAAAUUUUGUCCUGGUCUAUUUCAGGAGCUCUGAGCACUUCUCCCUUAAACAGAAGACAAGCAGACAGACAUCAAUAUUUAGCUUAUGGGUUGAAAAAACAACUGUUCUCAAAAUGGAUUGAGCAACCUUUUUCAAACCAGCCCAUUUAUUUCAUGUAUUUUUGUUUGUUUGUUUGUUUGUUUAUAGCAUUUAAGAUUUUAAAAAUAAAUACAUUAAAGGGCCUGGUGGAAAAGAAAUGUCUUCAAUAAGGUUUUAAAGGCUGAAAGGGAGGAGGCAGACCGAAUGGUGGGGGGAAGAGUUCCAGAGUGAAGGGGCAGCAACAGAAAAAGCCCUUUCAUGGGCUCUAGUACUAUCGACCUCUCUAAGACCACGGACUAAAAGAAGGGCAACCUGAGAAGAUUUCACAGGAUGGGAUGGAACUAGCCAGGAGAUGCGGAUCUGAAAAUAAACAGGCACUAAGCCCAGAAGGGUUUUAAAGGUGGUUGACCAGAUUGAUACCCUGACAUCUGACCUCCAGCUGGAAGAUGAGAUGACUGACAGUUCUAAAACGGACACUUUGAACAGCAGUUCAAGUAGCACAACGGCGUCCAGUUUGGAAAAAGCCAAAGUGCGAGCAAAUGCGCCACUCAUUAAGCCCCCAUCCCAUCCAUCUGCCAUUCUCACAGUGCUAAGGAAGCCUAAUCCACCACCACCACCUCCACGGUUGACUCCUGUGAAGUGUGAAGACCCUCACAGGCCAGUUACUCCUGCCAAUCCUGUAAAGACUAAUGGGACUCUACUGCGAAAUGGAGGUUUACCGGGAGGACCAAAUAAAAUUCCAAAUGGAGAUAUAUGUUGUAUACCUAAUAGCAACUUGGACAAAGUUCCAAUGCAACCUCUGAUGCACAGAUCUGAAAGAGACAGGUAUCCACAGCCUGGAACACGAGAACGGGUACGAUUUAAUGAAAAGGUGCAGUACCAUGGCUAUUGUGCCGACUGUGAUGUUCGGUAUAAUAUUAAAAACAGGGAGGUUCACUUGCACAGUGAAGCAGCCCACAUGCUGGGAAAGCUUCCUCACCAAUGUCCUCCCUUACCACCACCACCACCACCUCCCCCACUUCCUCCUUUUCCACUAGAAAAUGGAGGAGUGGGAAUAAGCCCCAGUAGUAGCUUUCCUCCUCUCAGACCUGCAACUGUGCCUCCACAAACUGCACCAAAACCCCAGAAGACCAUCUUGAGGAAAUCAACCACUACAACAGUGUGAUGUAUCCCACUUGGAAAACUUUUUUGUUUUUUUCCUAUGUAUAAACACACAAAAAAGGUAAUGAGCACUUUCUACUCAAGCAAUAAAAAAGCCCAAAUAUAUUACACCUUUCUUCUAUGAAGUGGCAUUCAAAUCAUAUGGCUGGAAGGAAUGUCAACAUUUGGAGGCAUAUUAACCAAUUCAUCCCAUAAAAGAUUCGACAUUGGAACUUCUUUCAGGCCAGAUUUGAUUAUAACAACUGGGACACUCCUUAGAGCAUGGAAACCCUUGAACCAGAGCACAACAGAUCACUGGUGUAAUCUGCAUUAAGCCACCCGCCUCCUGUCCAAAAGCUAUGAGCUGAAUCCUGACAAAAGCCACAGCCUUAAGUACCAUUCAGUCUGACAGAAGAAAAAGAGGAGUUAAUAUCUUGCUGUAUCACAGAAACAGCCACCUUCGCCGGUUACUAAAGGAAUUCAAUGCUUAGAAAUCAAGAAUCGCAAAUAGUCAUGUAAUGUGGUCCAGCCAGUGUCCAAAAAUUAUUUAAAUAUAUGUAGCUAAAUGAAAGUAUAAAGCACUUAAACGACUGCAGAAAAAUCAAUGCAUUUACUCCAACAAAAUUCAUCAUCUUGGGUGGAAAGAGAAGAUCUCUGUUGUCCCCUGUGCAAAUUCAAAGCCAUAGAAGAGAGGACCAAUGAUGCUAAAAUGCUUGAAAUGAUGUUCUUUCCUGUCCUCUGCCCAGAUAAUUCAGCUGUUACAGAUUGCAUCUCAAUGCACUCUAAUAUUUGCACUGUCACUUCCAUUCAGGGGAAUGAUGUAGGUCAUCAUUUGCACAGAUGGCCACAUGAAAUUUUAACCCACGGGAAGCUGUACCUUGAGGGUAUUCUAGAAGAAAUAAAAGAAAAUCCAUCUUCAAAAGUGAAUAAAUGUAAUGUCCUCCUAUCUUUUCACAGCUGGAAUCUUUCUCACAAGGGAAAUUGUUGCUCCUUAAGACCAAGAUCAUAAAAAAGCAUCAACAGGCUAACAUGGAUUUUACAAUGGAUCUAAUUUUUAAUACAUUUUAUAUCAUUAUAAAAAAUGAAGAAAUUGACCUAUAUGACUCACGUGUUCUUAAUGAACAUUGACAGUAUCCUCCCAGUUAAUACAAGGGGAAAACCCCAUUUGUAUGACAUUACAUUUUUAUAGCCAGUUAUAUGUCCUUCGUGGGAAAAUGUACCAGCUAAACAAGCAUUUUCAGUUUAUUUUUCUAAAUAAAUGUGGUGUUUGUAUUAUUUUCAGUCACUUAUCUUUGCUGAUUUUUGUUAUUCACCCAUGUUCUGCCCCUUCCAAACUCCUUCACCAAAAAGGGAGACUUAGACAAGAACCAAAACACUUGUUUUGCCAUGUUAAAUCAUAAUGAUUUGCAGACUGAAAGCUUUAAUAUAAAUGUUAUUUGUAGAGUUAUAAGUAUAUUUCUACUGAAAAAAUAUGUAUGAAAACCCAGAAAGGCUGUAUUUUCAUUUGUAAUUUCAAUACAUAGGAGGUUAUUUUAAUAUUCUCAAGGGCGUAUUUAGUUCAUGUAGUUUGUUUGAAAAUUGCAGUGGAAGACCUUGAUCCGAAAGUGGAUUGAGCUUUCAGCAAUGAAAGCUAAUUGAAAGUACAUGCCAUAGAAGCCUGCAAGUACACAACAAAAGACACAAUCAAAUUCCUGGUCUCUGCACAUUCAAAACAGCUCAAAGGGUGAGGUACACACACAAUGCUGUUGGCAUUAGUGUCCAGCUCCAAAAAGCAGUGGACAUUGUUCUGCAGUGAAAUAACCUCUCCCCAUGCCUCCAGCAUAUCAUCUAGUUAUCUCCAGGUCAGCCUCUGCAUCCAGGAUAGUUCUGCUUGGACCACAUCAUGGAAGCUUGGAUGGAUUUGGAAUAGUACUACUGUACAGUAGCCCCCAGGGUCCUGUAACUACAUGUUAGUAGCUUGAUCUGCCAAUAUGUACCAAUUUACCCAACUCAUUCUGAGCUCCAGGAUGCUGUCAGGCAAUGCAAGGUUUGCCAGAGCUGCAGCACAUGUUGAAUCUCCCUGAUUCAACAGAUGCAACUGGUAUAAGGCCAGUGUUCAGCUGCACACAUCUACUUUCUGCCAUCCACAUGAUUUGCCCAUAAUUUGCAUAUCUUUUUCAUGAAUAUGAUCAAUGCCUAUCUAUAGUUAGUGGACAUGUUGUCAUCCACAUACCUAUUCUAAAAUGGUUGCAAAAAGGUUUGAUUCAACCCUUUUGAAUCUGGUUAUGGAUUUAGAGCACUUUGAGAAGUGCUACCUUUCUUCCCUAGUGUGUCAUUCCUAAAUGUUGUCAGUACAGACUAGAAAGUGGAAGAGUGCAAGAGAGUCAUCUUAAAAUCAAAUUAUGGUUAAUACGGCUCUUUCAUCAGAUUUCUGCAUACAUGAAAUUCAAAUACCAAUUGUAGAUCAUUAAUACAAACUUCUUUAGAACUUAAGUCUGGAAAACAAAGACUUGGAAUUAUAUAGAUCUCAUACGGUAGAUAUAAUUCUCUCUCUCAUGUACGUAUGUGUAUGUCUAUGUAUGUGUGUGUGUGUGUGUGUGUGUGUGUGUGUGUGUGUGUGUGUAUAUAUAUAUAUAUAUAUAU